UUGUAAACGAACGCUUCGUUCAAUUCAUCCAAUCUCUCUCUCUCUCUCUCUCUCUCUCUCUCUCCACAAUUGUUUUUUUAUUUGUUAUUGAUCGUUACUAAGAUUAUUAUUAUCAUUAUCACCACGAAGAGAAAAAUAAUGGGUUCCUUGGGCAUGAAAAUGGAGAGAAAAUCGUCGAUAGAGUCGGAGCCUCGAACUCUUACACUUGAGCAACUUAGAUUUGCAAGGGAGGCAGCUUUGUAUGUUUUGAGUACCAAAACUGCAGAAGAGGCUUUUAGGAUCUUCACAGAUGGUCUAAAACCUAUGCUUACCACGAUGAGAAGCGAAACGGACUCGGAUGAUGAAGCGGAGAUGAUCGAUUGCGUAGUAAUGGAUGAUCACAUCAACAAUCUACUUAUUAAGAAAGACAUAGUCACGGCUCCUUUUUAAAUAUAAACCAGAUGCAGAUGUUCAUCUUAGUUCAAUAUGGCUUUCAAUUUUGCUUCACGGGUUCGCGCUCUUUUCCUUCUUUUGUUUUUGGUUUUUCCUUUCUUUUUUCAUUGAAUUCCUCUUUUGUAUACAUAAAGAGGUACUGUAAAUUUCUCGGAGACGAUUUGGAGAUUGUGCAAAUGACAUAAUAGUUCAUUUGAUGUACAUAAUUAACAGUAGGGUAAGGAAAUAGUAGUAUUAAUUUCUCUUGGAAUACAUCUUGUAGUAACGAAGGCCAACUUUCAACUACAAUAUUAUUCACCGAAAUUGAGAGAACUUUA